GCCCGAGGAAGUGACUGCACGAGGAAGGCUUGAGGAAGGGUUCUCCGCAGGCAGCACCGCGGACACACACGGAAGGAGAGGGGGGAAAAAGCGGAGGGACGUACGCUCCUUUCAUCAGUGCGAAAAUAACAGCAGGGGAGGUGCUUCAUUCCUCUAAUCGAUUUGGUGGCCUCCUCUACACUCCAACAGCUCCAUGUCCUUCCUGUGCUGAGGACCCCAGAGCUGACACAGCACUGCAGCACCAGGACAAUGAAGUCGUACCAGAAGCUGACAACAACACAGCCAGCAGCAUGCCGGGUGGAAGAAGAAGGGGCUGCUGCCGUGCCCUCCAACCAUGGGAAGCUGGCCCCAUGGUGGGUGGGCAGUGGGCUGCUGGUGGCUUCUGUCCUGCUGAGCACCAUCACUGUCUGGGUGCUGCGGCAAGUAUCGGGGGGCUGGCUCGGACCCACAGCACCCCCCAAAUGUCUCCUGGUACCUGAGAGCCAUCGCUUUGACUGCUACCCAGAGCGGCGCGUGGUGGUGACACAGGAGCUCUGUGAAAGCCGAGGGUGCUGCUUCAUCCAGAGUCCCCCACAAGCACAGGGCAAGCAGGGGGUGCCCUGGUGCUUCUAUCCCCCUGACUUCCCCAGCUACACCCUGGAGAGCCUCAACCAGACAGCACUGGGCAUGGUGGGGUUGCUGGUGCGAAGGGAGAAGGCCUAUUACCCUCGGGACAUCGAGAAGCUGAGGCUGGAUGUGGAGUUUGAGACAGACACGCGGCUGCACAUCAAGAUAACAGAUGCAGCCAACCCACGCUAUGAGGUUCCCUUUGAUGUUCCCCGGGUGAUGAAGAGGGCAGAAAACCCCAUCUACAGUCUGAACUUCUCCUGGGACCCCUUUGGGGUGCUGCUGCAGCGCAAAGCAACAGGGACGGUGCUGCUAAACACCACUGUGGCCCCCUUGAUCUUUGCUGACCAGUUUCUCCAGAUAUCCACAUCUCUCCCAUCCAAGUUCCUCUAUGGGCUGGGGGAGCACCGUGGCAGCCUCGUGCACAGCGUGGAGUGGAACACCCUCACACUGUGGGCCCGCGACGUCUCUCCCACGGAAUCGUUCAACCUGUAUGGCGCCCACCCCUUCUACCUGCUGAUGGAGGAGGGUGGAAAUGCUCAUGGUGUUUUCCUUCUCAACAGCAAUGCCAUGGAGGUGGCUCUGCAGCCUGCUCCAGGCCUGACCUGGAGGACCAUUGGAGGGGUGCUGGAUUUUUACAUCUUCCUGGGGCCUGAUCCCAGCAUGGUCAUCCAGCAGUACCAGCAGGUGAUAGGUUUCCCAGCCAUGCCACCCAUCUGGGCUCUUGGCUUCCACCUCUGCCGCUGGGGCUAUGGGUCCAGCAAUGAGACGUGGCAGACCGUGAGAGCCAUGAGGAACUACCAGAUCCCCCAGGAUGCACAGUGGAAUGACAUUGAUUACAUGGAUGGGUACCGGGACUUCACCUUGGAUUCCCAGAAGUUUUCUUCCCUCCCCUCCCUGGUGGAAGACUUACACAAACACGGGCAGCACUACGUUAUGAUCUUGGAUCCUGGCAUCAGCAGCACCAGCCCUCAUGGCUCCUACUGGCCUUAUGAUGAAGGUUUGAGACGGGGCUUGUUCCUCAACACCACACAAGGGCAGCCACUCAUCGGACAGGUCUGGCCUGGUUUCACUGCCUUCCCAGACUUUUCCAACCCAGACACACACCAGUGGUGGCUGGAGAACCUGCAGCACUUCUAUGCCCACGUGCCCUUUGAUGGCCUCUGGAUCGACAUGAAUGAGCCAUCCAACUUCAUGGAUGGGUCUGAACAUGGCUGCCCCCCAGGAGAGUUCGACAGCCCACCCUACACUCCAGCCGUGCUGGGCGAUUCCCUCUCUGCAAAGACGGUGUGUGCCUCGGCAAAGCAGAAAGUCUCGGUGCACUACAACCUCCACAACCUCUAUGGGCUGAUGGAAGCCAAAGUCACAGCAAGCGCCUUGAUCAAGAUCCGGGGGAAGCGUCCCUUCGUCAUCUCCCGCUCCACAUUCCCCAGCCAGGGCCGGUACUCGGGGCACUGGCUGGGUGACAACCGGAGCCAGUGGAAGGACAUGUAUUACUCAAUUCCAGGGCUGCUGAGCUUCAGCCUCUUUGGCAUCCCACUGGUCGGGGCAGACAUCUGCGGCUUCUCUGGCAGCACCUCGGAGGAGCUGUGCACCCGCUGGAUGCAGCUCGGUGCCUUCUACCCCUUUGCUCGCAACCACAACCAGAACAAAAAGGCCCAGGACCCAACAGCGUUCAGCCCCGCAGCCAGGACAGCCAUGAAGGAUGUGCUGCUGACCCGCUAUUCCCUCCUGCCCUUCCUCUACACCCUUUUCCACCGUGCCCACCUGCAAGGGGACACUGUCGCCCGGCCCUUGUUCUUUGAGUUCCCUUGGGAUGUGGCCACGUGGGAACUGGACAGGCAGUUCCUGUGGGGCCGGAGCCUGCUGGUAACACCAGUGCUGGAGCCCGGGGUGGACUCAGUCACAGGUUACGUCCCCCAAGGCACGUGGUAUGACUUCUACACGGGCUCCUCGGUGAACAGCAGUGGGGAGAUGUUGAAGAUGUCGGCCCCUCUGGAGCACCUCAACCUGCACAUCCGGGAAGGUUCCAUCCUGCCCACCCAGUGGUCGUGGUCCUACAGAAUCCAUGUCUUUGAACCCCAGAAACCAGGAACCACCACAGAGGUGACCCGAGGGAACCCCCUGCGUCUCAUCGUGGCCUUGUCCUCGCAUGCCACUGCCUGGGGUGACCUUUUCUGGGACGAUGGCGAGAGCCUGGACACCUUUGAGAAGGGCAAUUACUCCUAUGUGGUGUUCAAUGUCACACAGAACAUCUUCACCUCCACCAUCCUCCAUGCUAGCACUGAGGCCACCAAGGUCACCAUUGACAUGCUGAGCAUCUUUGGAGUGCAGAAGCCGCCCAGCAAGGUCCUCCUGAAUGGCCAGGAGAAGACCUUUUCUUACCUGGACAACCAGGUUCUCACAGUGAGUGACCUUGGCAUGAGCCUCAGCCAGGGCUUCUCCCUGCAGUGGCUGUGAGCAGGGGCCGUGGGGUCACCCUCACCCUGCCAGGACACCCACCUGGGAGAUGCCCCAGCCCCUGAAGCAUGCUGCCAAGGAGAGGACAUCAGGGACUGUCACCUGCUGCUGCUCAUCCCCCUCUAGCACAGCUGGGGACAGGGGACGUGGGAUGGGGGCUUGGCUGCUGGGUGCCCCCUGCACGGUCCUGGGUGGGUGGUGUGGGUGGGGUGUGGGUACCCGCGGUUCCUGCUGCAAUAAAGGCAUGUGGAGAGCUUG